GUUUCCAAAGUUAACGGCGUAUUAAUCCCGAACAACCAGACAUGAAGUCGUUCGUAGCGCUCGUCUUGUUCGCCGGUGCCUUCGUAGUGCAAGCUCAUCCUCGACGGGUGGUGACUCUUCCUUCCACGACUACCCGCCAUACGACUUCCAAUCCCACCGAAUCGGUAGCGAAAAAUCGUGUCCUACCUGCAGAUACAAGAAAAGAAGAUUGGAAUCAAAAGCUGGAUGGCUUCAAGUCGUUUUUCUCUGAAUUCGGUAGGAAACCCGAUGCGGGUUUCCCGGAUUACCAGAAGAGGGACUACAACGUUCAAGACGAGGAGUUCAACUUUAACAACGACUCUCAGUCCUUCAAAAUGGGAACUGAGUCGGCGACCGAAGUGAAGUAUACGCAAAAUACAACGAAAGGAACCGUGUUUGGUCCUCAAAACUUGCUGGACGUUAGAGACAACGGUUGCCCACCUGGGCAAUUGAUGGACCCGCUGGGCGAUUGCCACCUACAGGAAAACUGAAUUGUUUGAACGAAAAUUAGUAUUACAUCAUUUUAGCGAAACUAUUGGAUGCUUUAGUUAAAUAUAUUUUAUUUAUUUUGACUUUUUUGUGUUGUGGUGUGAAUUCACGUAUGGAACCAUUAGAGCUGUAGUG